AUGGGAUUUUGAAUUCUUAGUGUUUUUUUUUUUUUCCCCUUGAAUUGUGGGCCUUCAAUCAGAGAUGGCGUCUGUUCAAAACUGUCCAUCCUGAGGGUCUGGAUGUUGUAUGGUCCAGUAAUCAUGAUGAAAGGAUGAUCCUGUCCAUUCGAUUUGAUCAGUUGAAAGUGAGCCAUUGAAAAAUUUCUUGUCAAUGGUCCACAUUGAGUUAUACAUGUCAACGGUCAGAAUCAUCUUACCGUGAUCUCUGAAGGUUAGCGCUCGGAGCAUAUGUGGAUUCAAUCAUCGGACCGUCCAAAAAGCAACUUUUACAUGAUCAUUAGAGGCCUGGCUUGUAUUGCUCGAAGCUGGGCCAUGUGCAUAUAUGAUCUGAACCGUUGGAGGUACCAUCAUGAAUAGGCCAUGGCAGUAGUCUGAGACUGUUGAGUUUACCAUGUGAAAGCUUGGGCCCACGUGUCUGAACAUUUGCGUGAUCGAGCAACAUCGUCGAUGCAUGCACGCUUGUCCAAACGCUGCGAUGGUGUUUGUAAAAAUGGAUGCAAUGAAGAGUAGGAUAGCUGAUCAUCCCUGCAAUGUUUUCGAUCCUUCUACCCGUUCCGUUACGUCUUUCUAUCCGAAACCCAACACCUAUUUUGGGAAAUCCGAUAUUGUGAAGGUUUCAGGUGCAUGCACUCUUGGUUCCGAGCUUCUGGGUGGUAGCUCUUCUGAGAGCCUUGAUAUGGAAGAAAUGAACGUUGUCGAUGAUGUAUCAGAAGAAGAUUUCGACUCGAAAUCGGAUGCGGAUACAUCAAGUAUCCGGAAACUUGAUGAGGAGGAGUCCGAGGAAUCGGACGGUGAUGAGAGGUGCGUGGAUGAGAUCUUGUAUGAUGAGAGUGUGAAGACGAAGCUCGAGUUCUUGGCUGGGAUGGUUGGUGUUGACUCUAGUCAACCAUCUGAUGUAUUGACCCAAGUCGUUCGGGUUUUGAAAGAUUUGGAACGAGAAAGGAGGAAGUUCUCCGAAGAAAUUUGUAAUUCAGGGGCAAAAAUGUAAAGAUAAAAAUCUACAGAUUUUCUUCCUCACUUGUGAGAAUUGAGAUUUGUACUUGCCUCUCUUGGAGUUUGGAUAUCCUUCAUUUCCACAAAUAUAGUGUUAUGGUUGUUUUUAUUUUAAAGAGCACUUAGUAAAUUGAGAAAAUAAAUCCAAGCUGUCCAUCCGUUUCUCUA